UUUCGGGAACAGUUUGACGAAGUGCUCAGGCUACGUGCCGCAUUGUCGGUCGAGGUUGAGGCACUGGAACAGUUGCGUGCGGAAUUGGAAGAUUCUGAAUCCAUGUCCGAAGUACAUAUCCAGUUAGAACGGGCCACUUUAGAGAACAAACGCCUUCAGUCCGCCAUACGUUCUGCCCACGAGCAGGUGUCCGAGUUGUAUUUUAGCAAGCGCGUUCUCGAAGCUGAGAUGAGCGCAUUACGCAGCGAACGAGAUCGCCAAUUGGCUGAGGCAAACGAACGAGUUCGUCUGGCUGAACGAGCUGUGGUAGCUGCGGCCACUUCACGGCGUCGUUUUACAGAGCCAAUUGUCACCAAGUCACCCGUUCUCACUAAUCGGUCUGGAGCACAUUCGGGUACUGGGUCCCUGACAGAAUCGGCAACUGCUUCAGUUUUAUCCAGUCGUACGGAAGAAGGAAUCGAACUAGUGCACCGGUCUGGAACUGCUGAUUCUACUAAGACGGCGGAAGAUGGUCCGACAACGGUGAUUGCGACCGGAUCAUUGGUGUCCAAACCUCAGGUGACCAAAUUACGACAACCGCUGAUGGGCUUCAAAAUUGCCAGUCAACAGGUUAAGGAUGGCAACCGUUUCAAACACUACGCAACUUUGACUGCCAUGGCGUUUGACGAAUUUGAUUCUCUAGAUGAGGACGACGUAGUAGAUCCCGACAGUGAUGAAGGGGUAGAGGAGGAAGAAGAAGUGAACACUCCUCGCAAUCCGACAAAACCAACCGUGUCCCAGACCGAUCUUGAUGAUGUUGAUCAGUCAUCGAACCCGGCCGAACCAAUUGAUGAAGUCUCUAAUCCGGAAUCCCAUUCUUCCUCAGUAUUUCCAUCGCCUUCACCACCGCCACCACUAUCUUCGCCACCACCUCUGCCGGCGCACAUGUCAUCAAUGCAUGUGGAAGACUCUCAGGUCCAUUGUAAAGUGAUUGAAGUACACGCUCGUGACGAGGUAACUCCGCUGAAAUCAGACACGACUGUACAAACAUCACCUCUCGACGAAUCUAAAUUGUUAGUCGUACUCCAACCGGGUAGCACAUCUCUUGAACCUGAUCCCCUUCCCUCUCCAUCCUCCUCGAGCACACCACGUAAAACGCCACUUGUGCAAUCUACUGAGAGUGUUGAUCAAGCGAUUACACCCCUGUUAAAAGAUCUAUCUACGGAUUGGCACACGGCUAUUGUUCCUACGGACUCGGACACUGUUCCAAGAUCUGACUAUUUGCGUUUAUUAGAUGAAUUCGAUGCGAUUCGACAAGAGCUGGAGCAAGCUCGUCGCCAUCAGAUUGUCAGUCCAACAGCAGCAGCGAGUUCAAACACGACAUCCACUCCCAUCCGACCCAGCCCGGUGAUUUCCACAUCUGCCGAGCGCAUUUGGACCGAACUAUCGCUUACAUCAUGA